AUGAGCGUGCCAAAUAACUCCUUUUUCGUUGUAAAAUCCGACGAGCAAAUUUCUCGUCUCAUUAAAAAUUAUGCAGAAGAAAGAAAAAAAAAAAAAAAAAAAAUGGAACAAGAAAAAUAUAACACGAGACUCGUUGGAGGUCAUACGAAAAAGGUUGUAGAUAUAGAUAAUGACAUAUAUAAAGAUAAUGACAUAUAUAUAAAUAAUGACAUAUAUAUAAAUAAUGACAUAUAUAAAAAUAAUGAUAUAUAUAAAAAUAAUGAUAUAUAUAAAAAUAAUGAUAUAUAUAAACAUACUAAUAAGAAUGAAAAGAAAAAAAAAAUAGUAAGAAAUAGUUUUAUUUCAGUAAAAGAAAAAUUGAACAUAUUAGAAAAUUUGAAAAGAAUAAGUAUAUCAAAAGAUGAAGAUAUAUUAAAGAUUCAAAAAAAAAAAAAUAAUUUAUUUGCUUGUCAUUCUUUUUAUAUAAAUCCUAUAAAUAAAAAUGACACACAAUAUUAUGAUAUAAAUAAGGACAAUAGGAAAUAUGUAAAUAGUUAUGAUAAUAUUGAACAAGAAAAUGAUAUAACAAGAGAAAAAAAUAAAAAUAAUAAUAAUAAAAAUAAUAUUAAUAAUAAUAAAAAUAAUAAAAAUAAUAUUAAUAAUAUUAAUAAUAAUAAUAAUAAUAUUAAUAAUAAUGUUGUUGAAAAAGAAAAAUAUAUAAAGAAUGAAAAUUUAUUUUUUAAAGAAGAUUUCUUGAAUGAUCAAAAAGAUAAUGUGCA